CCCAACAGCAUUGACCAUAUUAAGGUUAGGUAAAGAGGGGCUGGUGGUUGUUCCUGGACACCGCUCACUGAGUUAGAGAGAGCACAGAGAAAGAGAUCGAUUCCAUGGCAGCUACCAAGCUCCAAGCUUUCUGGAACCACCCUGCUGGACCCAAAACUAUUCAUUUUUGGGCUCCAACUUUCAAAUGGGGCAUCAGCGUGGCAAACGUUGCUGACUUCACAAAGCCACCUGAAAAGCUCUCUUACCCUCAGCAAGUAGCUGUAACAUGCACUGGAGUUAUAUGGUCACGCUACAGUAUGGUGAUUACUCCGAAAAACUGGAAUCUUUUCAGUGUUAACAUUGUCAUGGCUGGGACAGGGUUGUAUCAGUUAUCAAGAAAACUUGGGCAUGAUUACUUCUCCAAGCCAGAAGCGGAAGUUGCUGUUUCAGAAGAAUAAGCACGGACCUCUCAUCAGGACCUGCUAACACAUGGGUUCAUGCUGUCAGCUCUUCUAUAUUUUGAUAUCAUAUUCUGUUGAACAGAACAUGAUUUGCUUUACUUCAGAAUCCAGUGUUUGUGGUUGUUCUUGACAUCUUGUAAUUACUAUCUUAUCAUUCUGAUUUUUGAUAAACUUUUCCUGUUUGUAGCAUUGAAAAGUAAUAAUUCAAUUUGGAAGAAUUUCUUGGUUUGGAAGGUUUCCAAACAACA